AUGGUGUGGUUUGAGAUCUACUGGAUCCGUGGGCUGCUCUACAUCGGCAUCAGCAUCUUCACGUUCGUCGUUGCUACACAGCUGGGAGGAGGGAUUUUCGGCAUCUUGUUCGGGGUGUUCUACUUCUUGGACGGGCUCAUGUACAUUCUCGCUCAUAUCAAGGGUGAAACUCACACGGCUGAAGACAAGAAUGCCAGCAGCCUCGGGAUCAACACGACGCGGCUGAAAGCCAAGGCGGCAGCCACAGCCAUGGGCAUCGUUGUUCUCGGCACCAUGGGCAACUUGCUGGCCAAGAAGAAGCAAAAGAACCCCAAGAUCAGUCAGGCUGACAUGGCGAUUCUCGAGCUCAAGGGACAGAGAGAUAAGCUGCUGCAGCAUCAGAAACAAAUCCAGUCAGCUAUCGAUCAAGCACAGAAGGUUGCAGCAGCGUUGAUCAAGGAAAAGAAGAAAGAUCGCGCGCUCCUGGCGUUGAAGAAGAAGAAGCUGCACACUCGCCGCUUGACCAAGGUGUUGGAUCAGGUGAUGCACAUGGAGGAGCUGAUCAGUGGCGUGGAAACAGCGCAGAGAGACAAGGAGGUGUUCCUCGCCAUGAAGAAGGGGAGCGAAAGUCUGAAGGAGAUCAGACAGGAGCUUUCGCUGGAGAAUGUCGAGAACUUGAUGAACGAGUCAGCUGACGCCGUCGAGAGUCAGAAUCGGAUAUCUGAAAUGCUGGCUGGAAACUUCGACGCGGAGGAGGAGGAGGCUAUGAACCGGGAGCUGGACUCCAUGAUGGGAGAAGCAGGAGUAACUAUGGAGCAGUUGGAGCUGCCAUCAGUGCCGAGCAAGGAGCCGACGCUGCUCGAGCAGAAGGGAGUCGGAGAAGCAGAGGAGGAGGAGGAGGAGGAGGAGGAGCCUCUACCCCCUCCAGCAGAGGCAGUUCCGGGGUAG